AUGGCAUCGCAACGGGUCACAUCUGCGCUGGCGGCGAUCGAAUCCACAUCCCACCAAUCCACAAAGCUCCAAGAAUACAACACGCUUCUCAAUGACAUCGUAACCACCUCAUCUGGCGACGAACUGGCCCAAGAUAUCGUCUACUACCUUGACUCUAUUCUCAGCGAAAACAUCAGCAUUGUCUCUGCCCGUCCCCUUCUCGAUUCCUUUAUCACUGUCCUCCACAAGUUUGACCCCGAAGUCAAAAUCAAGGUCGGACAACACGCCGUCACGCUCCUCCAGUCUCGCGCAACAUCCGUUGAAGAACAGGACUCGCAAAUUCGUGAGAUUCUAGCAGAAGCAUACGAAUCGCAGGAGGAAUUCACCGCUGCGGCACGUGCCCUACAAGGGAUCACUAUCGAUAGCUCGCAGCGUCUGGUCUCGGAUGAAGACAAGGCGAAGCUCUGGAUUCGGAUUGUGCGUUACUACCUCGAAGAUGAAGAUACGACCAGCGCAGAAACUUUCUUGAAUCGUAUCAAGAAUUUGCCCAGCAAGAUCCAGGACCAUGAUUCCAAGCUUUAUUUCCAACUUUCCCAGGCUCGCAUUCUUGAUGCCCGUCGCCGGUUCCUGGAUGCCUCGCAAGAAUACUACAAUGUCAGUUUGGCGGAAGGUGUCGAUGAGGGCGAUCGACUCACAGCGCUGUCGGCUUCUAUCCGGUGCGCGGUUCUGGCGCCAGCGGGGCCACAACGCUCAAGUAACCUGGCUCGGCUGUACAAGGAUGACCGAGCUUCUUCUGUGGACGAGUUCUCUAUUUUGGAGAAAAUGUUCCUCGAUCGCCUUUUGAAUGCGGAUGAGGUUGCUGCUUUUGCCAAGAAACUUCCCCCUCACCAGCUUGCUGUUACCGCUGAUGGCACCACUGUUCUUGACAAGGCGGUUAUUGAACAUAAUCUAGUUGCAGCAAGCAAGCUCUAUGAAAACAUUACGGCUGACGCUCUGGGGGUUAUCCUGGGUCUUAAAGAUUCUGGUGAUUUGUCUGCCGGGGAGAAGGCAGAGGCAUACGCAGCUCGAAUGGUUGAGCAGGGGCGUCUACGUGGUCGCAUCGAUCAGAUCGAUGGCAUUAUUUCGUUCGAAAUGGGCGAGACUAAUAAUCCCGUUUUUCGCAAGCACAUCCGUCAAUGGGAUGCUGGGGUGGAGAAGCUUGCCGGAGAUGUGGAGCGGCUGGCAAGCACUAUUUCUGAACAAUUCCCGGACUUGGCUGCCAGUCAAAUGGUGCGCUGA